UAUUACGUCACGGGUUAAAUGUGACUCAAGAAGCGACAGUGAAACAAACAGAAGCAAGCAUGAUGGAAGGUGGACAGAAACGAAGCGAUCGUUCCCCAAGAUCUGGGAAAAAGGUUUCUUUCGCAGGGGAAAAGGCACUGAAAGCCCAGACAGCCUUGGAAGCUGCCAAAAAGAAGGAGGUCUUGAAGGAAACUCUAUGGAAGAGGUUUGAGUUUGAGCAGAGAGCUGUGUGCAUCGUGGAGCGUCUCUUAGAGGAUGAUGUGACAGACGACUUCCUCAUCGACUGUGCCAGGUUUAUUACCCCGUCCAACUACCGAGAUGCAGUUGAGGAGAGAUGCAUUGUGAAAAUGUGUGGAUAUCCUGUUUGCCCGAACAAACUUGGCAGCGUGCCCAAGCAACAGUUUAAAAUUUCAACUAAAACCAAUAAAGUGUACGAUAUCACAGAGCGAAAGUGCUUCUGCAGUAAUUUCUGCUACAAAGCAUCAAAGCACUUUGAGGUGCAGAUUUCCACGACACCUCUCUGGUUGCGAGAGGAAGAAAGGCCACCUGAUGUCAAGUUGUUAAAGAAAGGAGAGAGUGGCAUCUCAGGAGAGGAGGUGAAAAUCUCAGUCCAGCCAAUCAGGGAAUCGGAGAUCGAGAACCCAGAGCCUGCAGAGUCGGCGCACCCCCCGCACCUGUCUGCCAGUGGGACUGAAAGCGAGGGCAGCGACCAGGAGCAGGACUUUGUGUCCAGCGUGGUGACCGGAGGAGGGGCGGGGCCUAAGAGCAGGACGGGGAUCCUAAAACACAGGGGGGAGAGGGAGAGUAACACCGCUGCUGUACACACGGGUGAGAGAGACCGAGAGAAGGAUACAGGGACAGCGCAGGACCGCUCUGCGGAGACGACCGGGAACAAGAACAGCGACAAACAGCUGGAGCGAGACGAGCGCACGGGCGGGAACGAACCACAGCGGCCUGCCGCAGAGGCGGAUGGAGACAGCAGCUGCACGCGUGCAGUAGCGGACAUGCCCGAGCAGGCCGUGGAGGCUGCCGCAGACUUACUGAGCGCGUGCGGGAUAGAGGAGAGGGGCACACGUGCGGUAGCAGACAGGCCUGAGCAGCCCGUGGAGGCUGCCGCAGACCUACUGAGCGCGUGCGGGAUAGAGGAGAGGCGCACGCGUGCGGUAGCAGACAGGCCUGAGCAGCCCGUGGAGGCUGCCGCAGACAUACUGAGCGCGUGCGGGAUAGAGGAGAGGCGCACGCGUGCGGUAGCAGACAGGCCUGAGCAGGCUGUGGAGGCUGCCGCAGACCUACUGAGCGCGUGCGGGAUAGAGGAGAGGCGCACGCGUGCGGUAGCCGACAGGCCUGAGCGGGGUAGUGGCGCGGAGAGGAGCACGGGUGACCGCGCGCCCACCCCGGGUCUGAGCGUCACCCAGGUGGGCAUGAGCAGGAGGGGGGCGGCCGAGCUGAGGAGCCUGCUCAACGCCCGGGGGAAGGACCCGGCCGCUGCCCUGAGGGCUGGCCUGCUGGAACGCCUGAGCAAAACGCUGAGGGAGUGGAGGACGGAGGAGACGCUGCGGCUCCUGCACGGACCCGCGUACACGCCCCGGGAUGAAGAGCAGGAGGAGGAGGAGGAGCUGGACGAGGAUGACCUGGAGGUCGGCGUGGAGGUCCCGGCGUCCCAGGUCCAGUCCGGAGGGGGGCAGGGGAAGCCCUCGGCUGCUGUCCCAGACUACAAAGCCCUGCACAAGGAGACAGACCUGCUCAGCCUGAGGGUGCAGGAGUUCUACAGAGGAUCCUCUGUACUGCCGGAGGAGAAGAACACUGAUCCUGAGGACCCUAGUGGCUGGGAUCCCGCCCUCCCAUUGGUGGAUUCUCACGCCCAGCUCUUGAUCCAGAAGCGCAUUGUUUCAGAGAAGCUCAACAGAAGCUUAAGAGACAUUGUGGGACCCCUGCAACUGACCAUGAAUGACAUCACUGACAUCAAUAACCUGAUCAGGACAUUCAGGUUUACAAAUGCUAACAUUAUCCACAAGAGCCCAGAGUGGACUCUGAUUGCUGUGGUUCUGCUGUCAGUGUUGUCAGACGUAAUCCCGCUAUUGCAGCAGUCACUGGAGAGGCCCUCCUCAAUACAGUACAUAUCCACACUCAUGGGAGGGCUGAUGCUCACAGAUCGGGACCUUCAGAGCCUCGUGCAGCUCUUCAGAGUCCCGGCCAACUGAGAAGAGAACUCGGCAGGAACCUCCGUCACCGCUCUGUCACGUGAAAUCAACCUCACCAGAGAACUGGAUCAAGCUAUAGGCUACACUGUGAGGAACUUGGUUUCAUCUGCGAAAUUCUACAUUAACCCCGUCAAAACUGUCUUUUUAAUAAAAUGCGUUGUCAUAUUGCAUCGUGAAUCACAUAAAUCAAGUUGUUCUUUAAA